AUGCAGUCUUCGCUCUCUUCAGUUGAUCUCUUCGGUCAUAGGCCAUGUCGCAGCAGAAGCAGCGACUUCCGCCGUGCGCAAUUGGCGCGGAUGGCGCUGACCUCCGCUUAUGCAUCCCCUCAACCCCGUCCCCGACCAUGUCGCAGAAGGAGCAGCAGGAGCAACAGCCUCUUCCGAGCAGCGCGAGCGGCGCACAAAACCAUGUCGCAGCAGGAGCAGCCGCUUCCGAGCAGCGCGAGCGGCGCGGAGGGCGCUGACGUGGACGAAUCAGGGGUGGCGCAGUCGCCGUCGUCCGCGAAUCCCGCCGCGCCGUCCUUCGCGUCAUCGUCGCUCUACGUGGGCGAUCUCGAUGCGAGCGUCACGGAGGCUCAGCUCUUCGACCUCUUCUCACAGGUCGGCCCAGUGGCCUCCAUCCGCGUGUGUCGCGACAUGGUCACUCGGCAAUCGCUGGGAUACUCGUAUGUCAACUUCAGCAGUAGCCAGGAUGCUGCCCGAGCCCUUGACCUCCUGAACUUCACAAAUGUGGCUGGGCGUCCCAUGCGCAUCAUGUUCUCUCACCGGGACCCAUCCAUCAGACGCAGCGGCACUGGCAAUAUCUUUAUCAAGAAUCUCGACAAGAGCAUCGACAACAAGGCGCUGUACGACACCUUUGCAGCAUUCGGCUCGAUCCUCUCCUGCCGCGUUGCUAUGGACGACAGCGGAGCCUCUAAGGGGUUUGCGUUUGUGCAGUUUGAGAAGGAGGAGUUGGCAAAGGCAGCUAUCGAGAAAGUCAAUGGCAUGCUCAUUGCUGGAAAGGAGGUCCCUUUGUGCACAAGGCAAUGUUUUGGCCUUACCUCCCCUCCCUCCCCACACCUGCACUUCCCCACUCCCCCCUUCCUCCCUCCCUCCUUCCCUCCCUCGAUGCCCCCUCUCCUCCUCCAGGUGUUUGUAGGUCCCUUUGUGCGCAAGCAGGACCGCAGUUCAAAUGACAGUGAUGGCAUGGGAGGCGGGGGAGGGGGAGGGGGAGUGGGAGGAGGCAGAGCAGGCAACCAGCAGCAGCAGCAGCCGCAGUACACCAACCUCUACGUGAAGGGUUUAGGGGAGGAGACUACCGAUGAGGAGCUUCUGAAGGUUUUUGCUGCGUUUGGGGCGAUCAAGAGUGCAGUGGUCAUGCGGGAGGCUGAUGGGCGCAGCAAGGGUUUUGGGUUUGUGAAUUUUGAGAAAGCGGAGGAUGCUGCGAAGGCUGUGGGUGGGGUGAAUGGGAGGAGGGUUGUGGGAGGGGUGGUGGUGGAGGGUGGGGAGGAUGGGGAGGGGGAGGGGAAGGGAGGGGAGGGGGAGGAAGCGGAAAAGGAGGAGGGGAAGGAGGAGAAGAAGGAGGGGGAGAAGGAGGAAGGGAAGGAGGGUGAGAAGGCAAAGGAGGGAGAAACGAAAGAGGGAGAAACGAAAGAGGGUGAAUCAAAGGAGGGAGAAACGAAAGAGGGAGGAAAGAAGGGAGGAAAGAAGGGAGGGGGAGGAGUGGGGCGGGUGUGGUACGUGGCACGGGCUCAGAAGAAGGCAGAGAGAGAGGCAGAGCUGAAGAGGCGAUAUGAGGAGGAGAGGAGGCAGCAGACAGAGCGAUACUCGCAGAGGAAUUUGUAUUUUAAGAAUCUGGAGGAGAGUGUGGAGGAAGGCGAGUUGAUGAAGAUGUUUCAAGAGUAUGGCACUGUCACCAGCUGUAAGAUUCUCAAGCAUGAGACAGGGGGCAGCAAGGGUGCUGGCUUCGUGCUAUUUGCAAACGAGGCUGAUGCUGCCAAGGCGCGCACUGUGCCCGCCUGUGCCCCAAGCACGAGACGGGCGGCGGCAAAGGGUGCUGGCUUCGUGCUAUUUGCAAACGAGGCUGAUGCUGCCAAGGCGCUCGCAGCACUGAACAGCAAGAUGGUGAAGGGAAAGCCGCUCUACGUGGCUGUGGCACAGCCCAAGGCGGAGCGGGGUUCCUUGGGUGGUGGCGCAGCAGGGCGGGUUUUACGCACAGCCAGGGAUGAUGCCUGUCCAGGUACGACCUCCCCUUAUGCUUUGAGCGGCAGGCAGGCGCAGCUGCAGGCGAUGUUUCAGCAGCAGCGGGGGGGUGCGCCCCAUGCGCGGGGGGGUGUGGCUGGUGUGCCUGGUGCUGCGGGAGGGUACUAUGCCCCCCCAGGGGUGGUGGCGCAGCAGGGAGGGUUCUAUACACAGCCGGGGAUGAUGCCUGUCCAGGGGUGGUGGCGCAGCAGGGAGGUUCUACAGCCAGCCAGGGAUGAUGCCUGUCCAGCCCAGCAGCCCAUGCGGCCAGUCAUGGUGCUAUCUGCAGGCAUGGGGGGAGCAGGAUUCAGGAAGGAUAAGAUGGGUCCCACCCUGUCCCACCAGCCCCCAUACCCCUACUCCCAGCAGCCCAUGCGGCCAGGCAUGGUUCUACCAGCAGGCAUGGGGGGAGCAGGAUUCAGGAAGUCAAUUGAUCUUCACCCUUCCAUUCCCACCCCUCUCCACCACUCCCCACCCCUUCUCACCCUGUCCCACCAGCCGCCGUACCCUUACUGCCAGCAGCCCAUGCGGCCAGGCAUGGUGCUGCCAGCAGGCAUGGGGGGAGCCGCAGGCAUGGCAGGCGGGAUGGGGGCACCUGGCUUGGGGUUAUCCCCCAUACCCCUAUUCCCAGCAGCCCAUGCGGCCAGGCAUGGUGCUACCAGCAGGCAUGGGGGGAGCACCGGGCAUGGCAGGGGGAAUGGGGGCACCAGGGAUGGUGCCCGGGGGAGCACAAGGCAUGGUGGGGGGACCGAAUCCCAAUGUGUACAUGCGGCAGCAGCAGCAGUAUGGGGCGGCCCAAGGGGCGCCCGUGCAGGUGGGUGGGCUCUGGGGGAAAGAACAUUGAGGGUUGAAGCAGCAGGCAGAGCAGUAAAGGUUGCGGUAGCACCUGUUAUGGUGCCCGGGGGAGCACAAGGCAUGCUGGGGACACCAAACCUCAAUGUGUACAUGCGGCAGCAGCAGCAGUAUGGGGCAGCUCAAGGGGCACCUGUGCAGGUGGGUGGAGGAAGUGGGAGCAGUGGGGGCAGUGGGGGUGGGGGGGACAGUGGGGAAUGUUCUAAAGUGCCCUUGGUUUUUCUUCCUUGCCUGCCCCUUUCCUUCCUACAGCAGCAGCGGCAGCAGCGGGUGCAGGGGGGACCAAGGGGCGGGGGAGGGGGUGUGCCGGGAGGUCUGGGAGGGCCAGUGCCAAUUCAGGUGCUGGCAGCAGCCGUGGCAUCAGCACAGCCAGAGCAGCAGCGAGCGAUCCUGGGGGAGCAGCUGUACCCCUUAGUGGCCCGCCAGGAGCCAGAGCAUGCAGGCAAGAUCACAGGGAUGCUGCUGGAGAUGGACAAGGGGGAGCUGCUCAUGCUGCUGCAAUCGCCAGACGCUCUCCGAGCCAAGGUCUCCGAAGCUCUCGAUGUGCUUCGGAUCGCCGCUGCCAUGGCGGCCGCCUCCACUGCGGAUCAAGGCUCGGGAUAA